AGUUAUCAAAAUAAAUUAAAAGUGAAAGUAGAAAUUCGAGAUGUCCUCACGGUCUUGUGACAAUCAUUUCUUUUAAGUUGAUGUCAUGGACGCUGAUGGGCUCCCUUUAGUGGGGUCUGGUGUAGACUAUACUAAGGUUGAAGCUAUUCAACAGAAGAGAACUAUUGCAUUCAUAAACCAUUUCAUCACCCACACUGCAAGCUUUCUUAAUCAGUUCUCCUGUGUUUGUGAGGAAAAACUAGAGCAUCUAUCUAACAGAAUACAAAAUCUGGAAAUUACACUAAGUUUACUGGAAACAAAGUUGUCUUCAAUUCCUGGACUUGACAGUGUAACUGCUCCAACUAGCAGCACCACAUCGGCCCCACCAGCUGCCUCAGACACACCAGCCACCACCUCAGGGACCCCAUCAGCUCCACCUGCCCCUGGGGCACCACCUCCACCCCCUACCCAGGAUGAGGCACCCCCUCCCCCACCCCCAGAGGAAGAGAAUCCCUCUAAUCCUGUGUCCAAGGAUUCUAGAUAUGCUAGAUUCUUCAAAAUGUUACAAGUGGGAGUACCAGAACCUGCAGUCAAAAACAAAAUGAGAGCUGAAGGACUUAACCCAGAUUUACUAGAUACUCCUGAUGCCCCUGCCCCUCCAGCAGAUGUGAAGAAAGCGGACAGUGACAGUGAUUUUAGUGAUAGUGAUAACGACAGCAUGAGUGAUUAGGCUUGAUAAUUACUGUAAUUAUCACCUGUGUAAUUAAUAGAACAAUUAAUCUGCCAAUCCUAAGGGAGAAAGGGAUAAUUUCAUUAAUGUGGCAGGAUAAAUGUGUUAUGUAUGUGAAAUCAUGUCAUUUUGAGUGAUGCUUAGCUUGAAAAAAAAAUAAAGAUCUCUUAGAUUUCAAAUAGGCAUAUUUUACAAAAAUUAAAAUAUGUAGGGCAAUUUGUGGAUUUAUUUCAUAUGUAAUUGAAAGAUUGUUAUGUAUAUACAUGUAUAUAUACUUAAAAUGUUAAAUAAAACUGUGGAUUCCAUGA